ACCAGUUCCUCGAACCCCGAUCUUUUUUCCACAGUUCCCCUUCUCCUUUAACAACUCGCGAACCCUAGAUAGGAGAGAGAGUGAGAGACAGAAGGAGAACCAACUCAUCAGCCAUGGCGAUCAAGCACCUGCUAGCUUUAGCCCGGCGGUCCCAGAAGCCAUCUUCUCUCAAGGAGACUGUACGGUCUUUAUCAACGGCCUCCUCUGUUGCCACAUCUCCACUUCAAUCUCCUCCCCCCACCACUCCUUCGCCACCCGAUCCUUCUGUCAUGAUCUAUGAUCGUCUCGCUGAAUCUGUUCAAUCCAAGCUCAAGAAGCUAGAGAACCCCGACCCGCGAUUCCUCAAGUACGGGUCGCCGCACCCAACCCUCACCUCCCACACUCAUAUCCUCUCCGCUCCGGAGACUCGUGUGACAACCCUUCCCAACGGCCUCCGGGUCGCUACUGAGUCCAACCUCGCGGCCAAAACCGCCACGGUCGGGGUGUGGAUCGAUGCUGGGUCGAGAUUCGAGACCGACGAGACCAACGGCACGGCACAUUUUCUCGAGCACAUGAUAUUCAAGGGCACUGAGAGGCGGUCUGCUCGGGACCUAGAGGAGGAGAUCGAAAACAUGGGUGGGCACUUAAACGCCUACACUUCCAGGGAGCAGACUACGUACUACGCCAAAGUUAUGGACAAAGAUGUGAACAACGCUUUGGACAUUUUGGCUGAUAUCUUGCAGAACUCAAAGUUCGAGGAGAACAGAAUUAGCAGGGAGCGUGACGUGAUCCUGAGGGAAAUGCAGGAGGUUGAGGGACAAACUGAGGAAGUUAUCUUUGAUCAUCUGCAUGCAACUGCAUUUCAAUAUACCCCUCUUGGCAGAACCAUUCUCGGAUCUGCUCAGAAUGUGAGAACAAUUUCCAAAGAGCAUCUUCAGAACUACAUACAAACACACUAUGCAGCUCCCAGAAUGGUAAUUGCUGCUUCUGGAGCUGUUAAGCAUGAGGACCUUGUUGAGCAAGUGAAGAAAUUGUUCACAAAGUUGUCAGCUGAUCCAACCACUGCUUCUCAGUUGGUUCAGAAAGAACCAGCCGCAUUUACUGGGUCUGAGGUCAGAAUAGUGGAUGAUGAUAUUCCUCUGGCUCAAUUUGCUGUUGCUUUUGCUGGAGCAUCUUGGACAGAUCCAGACUCCAUUGCUCUGAUGGUCAUGCAAGCAAUGUUGGGUUCAUGGAAUAAGAAUGCAGGAGGCGGAAAGCACAUGGGUUCGGAGCUGGCACAGAGGGUUGGGAUUAACGAGAUAGCAGAGAGCAUGAUGGCUUUCAACACCAAUUAUAAGGAUAUCGGUCUUUUUGGUAUUUAUGCUGUUGCUAAGGUGAGUUCAUUAAUCAGCUCUUUUGAGAAAUUGUAUGUUUAUAUAAAGGAAACUCAAUGUUCUUAUGUUAGUUUUACUUUCAAUAAGAAAUUGAAGUUAACUAAGCUGAAAUCAUCACUGUUGCUCCACAUUGACGGAACAAGUCCCAUCGCCGAGGAUAUUGGCCGGCAGCUACUGACAUAUGGGCGGAGAAUCCCAUUUGCUGAGUUGUUUGCUAGGAUAGAUGCUGUUGAUGCAAGCACCAUCAAGCGCGUUGCAAACCGGUUUAUUUAUGAUAGGGAUAUUGCAAUUGCUGCCAUGGGCCCAAUCCAAAGCUUGCCCGACUACAACUGGUUCAGACGCAGGACCUACUGGAACCGCUACUAGAUACUGUUUAAUUUUUUCUUGGCUUAUUUUUGUUUCCGAACAUCGGCAGCUUGAAGAGCAGUUGCAAGCAUUUUGCUACUUCUUCACACAAGAAGUUCCCUCGGGAGGAUAGGGACAGCUAAAUUAUCUUUGAAAUUGAAUGCACUUUUGUAACCUUGUAAUUGUUAAAUAAGCAUUACUGUCUUCAGUGAUUUUUGGCUGGAGAUUUACUAGAUGAAGGUUGUUAUUAUUAUUAUUUUUUUUCCUUUCGCAUGUUUCACAAGUUGGAAUAAUACAAGUUUGAUUGUUUUGGGUUGGCAACGCCAACUAUA